CGGUGUGAAGUCUGUUCAACUUCAAGGCCCGAGUUGCAGCUAGGGCGCUACGCUCAGACCCAGCUAGGACCUAUUAGGCUAGAGCCUGAGGCAGAGGCGAAGCCGCAAGCAGAUCGCAGAGGGACACAGGUGGUGCACACCCUUUGUAGUCCCUCCACAGCAGUUCUGACAUUACCUUCGCAGUGUGACUGUAUUGGGUUCAAGCUCGAGCUGGUAUUUUGCAGGAAAUUUCGAGAUGGGCCACAUCAAAUUGAGCUGGGAGUGUCAGCCUUAGCGCCGUAAGCAAUUGAAAAGAGUUGCAUGCCCCGAAGGUGCAGCACUCCUUUCUGAAACCCAAGACUCUAUGUUCUCUGACAAGCGCGUGGGCCACACAGCAUUGCACCGUGUGUGCUUGAAAGGCGGCCCCGCUUUCUAUGGCGCAAACUAGAGAUGUGCACACGCUCGGUGGCAAUGCUGACUCUGUUGAGUUCUGCCCCAUCGAGGGCUUUGAAAACUUUCUGGCGGCAGCCACUUACAACCUGGUGGAGGGGGAUCCCCCGCAGCGGCUGGGCCAGCUGUACCUCUAUGAUGUGGACACAAGCGCAGAUGGUGUUCAAACUGACCCCAAGAUGCGCCGCGUUCUUGAGCAGGACACAGCUGGCAUCUUUGACCUCAAGUGGGCGCCUCAGCUGCUCGACUCGGCGCCGUGCCUGGGGCAAGCCAGCGCAGACGGGUCGCUGUCCUUCUACUCUCUGAGGGCUGCAGAGUCAGCUUCAAUGGAGCAUCUCUCAAGGUGUGAAGUUGGCGAGGCCAUGUGCCUCUCGCUGGAUUGGCGCCCAACGACAGGGGAACACGUAGUCGUGAGCCAGUCAGACGGCCAGAUCGCCUCCCUCUCCUUCUCCCCUGCCGGCGUCACACUCUCCCAAACUUGGCCCGCCCACGAUCUCGAGGUCUGGGUUGCGUCAUUCGACCGGUGGGACACGAACCUGGUCUAUUCGGGUGCGGACGACUGCGCGAUGAAAGGCUGGGACCUGCGUACAGAUUGUGGCGCACCGGCAUUCAGCAACAGGAAAGAGCACGCCAUGGGGGUGUGCACGCUCGCAAGUAACCCCUCGAAGGAGCACGAGUUCGUCAGCGGCAGCUACGACGAGCGUGUUCGUGUGUGGGACAACCGGAACCUGCGCCGCCCGGUGUGCGUGCACGUCGGCGCCCAGGUCGGGGGGGGCGUGUGGCGGCUCAAAUGGCACCCCCACGCCGUGGGCCUCCUUCUGGGGGCCUGCAUGCACGGUGGCGCGCGGAUCUUCUCUGUCCCUGACAAUGGCGAGGUAGCCGUUACAGAGGAGUACGUUGCGCACGGUUCGCUGACAUACGGAGCAGAUUGGUGCUACCAUCCUCGAGCCCUCACACAGUUUCAGGGCGAGCCCGACUCGGAGUCUUGUUCUGAGAUCCACAAUGCUUUCGACGAAACAUGCCAGGGGCAAGUGUCUGAGACUUUUACGGCAAGUCCGGCGGAAGAAAGCCUCUGCGAAGAGAGAGCGGCGGGGCAUUCCGGGUUGGCGGGCGGCCAGCCGGAGAUCAUUGGUACUGGAUUGAAAGCGGCGACUGAAGCAAAAACUGAGUGCUUGGAAAGCGGUGAGGUUGGAGGAGACAGAAGCUUAGUCUCCUUGGUUAAACAACUGCAUGCAGAUUCGGGCACGUUAGGUUCAGAGGCCUUAGGGGGCGUCUCUAGAAAGGGUUUCUCGCGGACGAAAGAGGUCAGUGCGAGCGGGAAGUCGUUACGAGAAGGUGCCUUUCCCUGUGGCCUGGUUGCAACAUGCUCUUUCUAUGAUAGAUCAUUACACCUAUGGAGACCAAAACCGUUCUAAACGUCGGUCGCAAGAAGCAGGAAUUGUGUGCGAACUUAGUCGCCCAAAGAAGAGAGACUAUGAGCAUUUGAAGCAAAAUGUUGCAGAUUGCAUUUGCUCAAAUCUUACACCGAGUUAAAGGCGGGUGCAUUGCUUCAUCGUCAUCGAUGGGCAUACUAAAUCAAGU